UUUUAUACACACUAUGUAUUUUUUUAUUAUUCUAAGACGUAAAGUGUAAUAUAAAAUAUUAUAUUUUAUAUCUUUACUUAAAGAUAAAUAACUAUGACUAAUAAUUUUAUUAAGUCUACUUUGGUAUUCAUAUAAACUUUGUAUUCUAGUAUUCAAUUUAUACAAAUUUUAAAUGUCAUACUAUUUUAUUGUUACCUACCUCAAUAAUAAUUAUGUUUAUGAUUGUAUACGUUUUUAUAUAUUAUGAUGUGGCAAGCAAUUAUUGUAUUUUAAAUGUAAUUUAGUAAGUGAAUGUUUAUAUCAAAUAAACAUAAUUUAUAUAAAACGUAUGGCAAGCUGAAGACUAGCUAUGCAAAGAGCAAAUAAUCGUGUAUGUAGUUAUGGUUGUCACGCCAUUUUACUUUAGGCAGAGACGUGUACAACUACUCUUUACUGUAUUAGUAAUAUUAGCCUUCUUUCUUUUGCUCAAUAGUUUCCAAAACCUAAGUUUUACACGACUUUCUGUUAAAGUUCCAGAGGAAUAUAACGAAAAAGAACCAGGAUCUUUCGUCAAAUAUGUCUACCCAUUCCCUUCAAAUGACAGUUACUGCAGAUUCAAUUACGCUUUGCCUAAACAGUUCACCUUUGAUAAGUGGGACUUAACCGGAACUCCGGAAUUUGACAUUGACAGCUCAUUUGUCGUUCUCUACAAUGUUAUUCAAAGCACAUUUACUGAUACGCAGCCCUUUGUUACUUACGCCACACAACUUACAAGAGAUUUUGCUGUUUAUGUUACAGAGGUAGUCAGAUAUUGGGAAGGCCCUAUUAGUAUAGCAGCGUACAUUCCCGAUGGAAACCCACAAGCAAUCCUUCAGCAAUUCCUUCAGUUUUGCUACUGUAUACCGGAGAUGUCGAAAGUAUCCCUGCAUCUCGUCUUCAAGAAAGAAAUAGAAGACGUGAUUAAUUCCUUUAAUUUUGAGUUGUACGUUCCUCCAGCGAACUGUGAUAUCCAGAGUUUUGUUAAACUUGUUUCUGGUCAAACUUUAAGCAAUAAUAAUAGUGUUAAGACAAAAAGCUCAGAUAAUGACAGUUGGUAUCCUAUAAAUGUAGGCCGAAAUGUAGCUAGACAGGCAGCUUUUACUGAUUAUGUUAUGGUUUGUGAUGUUGAACUGAUGCCUAGCCACGAUUUAGCAAGUCGUUUUAUGCAAAUGCUUGAUGUUGAAAAAUGCACAUCUACUGAAUGUGAAAAACAAGUAUAUGUAGUGCCAGUUUUCGAAGUGGAAGCAUCAGAAACAGUGCCUCGUACUAAAAAUCAAUUGAUUUCCUUACUAAAUCAAGAGAAAGCUGUAUAUUUCCAUAGGAAGAUUUGUACGCAUUGCCAGAAGUUUCCAGGGCUGGAACGUUGGAUGGACAGUGAUUCUGGAGAUGUUAUCAGGCCUUUGUUAGUUACAAAAAGGGAAGCUCCAUAUCAUCGUUGGGAACCCAUAUAUAUUGGUACAAAAAACGAACCGUUGUAUCACGAAAAACUUUCUUGGGAAGGAUUUCAAGAUAAAAUGUUACAGAUGUUAGAAAUGUGUUUGAUGAACUACAAACUCGUGGUCCUCGAUGGUGCUUUUCUGGUCCACUGGCCCGGAAUGAAGAAAGUCAAGGUGAAACACGAUAGUUCCAGACAGCGGUUCAAGGACAUGAAUCAGAGACAAUAUAAUUUGCUGUUGAAGAAUAUGACAGCAAGAUAUCCUCCCAAUCCGCAAUGUAGAAUAAAAUAAGUUUUUUUUUAUUAAUAAUGUUUGAUCUGCAGGUUAUUCUUUUUGGAAUACCACCCUAAAACAAAUUAGGUUUUAAAAACAAAAAGCUCUAGUUGUAAUUAGAGAUGAGCAAAACUGCGAUUGAACUUGAGAUAUUUUCCAAAUAUCAUUUAAAUCAAAAUAUCGGAUCUUAAAGUGUCUUAAUUUUUUUUUAAUUUGAUGCCUUCUAACGGAAUAACGAAGCACGUUUGAAUAGAGAUAAAUUGUCAGCAAAUAUUAAGACAUGCUUAACAUUUUAUUUUACUAAUUUGUUAAAUAUAGUUAGGUUCAUUUAAAUUUUUCUUUUGGUUUUUAUUUUAACAAAAAUGUGCUCAAAGAAUGAUAAAGUUCAAUAGGAAAACGAACAAAACUCAUGUUUCUGUUGUGAUAGAAAAUAUUUUAAGGGUGAUAUAUGAAAAAGAGCAACUUGUGUGAACUCUGUCAGGAUUAUACAAACAGUAUUUUCGAUUUUCCUUAGUUUUAAUAGGUCUAAUAAAAUUUAUUCUUUAUUUUCAUGUAACCUAUAGUAAAGUUUAAUUUUUUCAAACUUCUCUAACAAUUUUAUAAAACUUAAUUGUUGUUAUUAAUGUUAAUCAAUAACUGAAAACGCCUUCAUAGUAAUAAACUACGUAAUAAACAAUGCCAAAGAUAAUCAAAAUACCUGUAGAAUUGUCAUGUUUUUAAAAUGUUACUGAGAGAAAGUUCUUGUAUAACAAUAAAAAAAAAAGUUUUAUA